AUGGCAACAGCUGCGAAAGUCUCUGUGCCCAACGGACCGGAUACGAAGCAUGGAAACACUUUCUUAUACGUGAAUAUACCUCUACUUGCCGCAGCUACAAGCAUUGUUUGUUUUCGUGUAUGGUGGAGAUGCUUUAAGAAUGGUUACGGCGGCCUGAACAAGGCGGACAUUUGCGUUGUUACAGGAUUGAUAUUUAAUGUUAUUCAAACGACAUGUAUCUCAAUUGCGAUUUUGAAUUGGGGCUUUGGCCACCACGCUCCCUUCCUCGACGCCGAGCAACGCUACUACUCUUUGUUAUAUUUCUUUGUAUUUCAAUGUUUUGUCAAAAACACCGUUGGAAUCACGAAACUUUCGUUUCUUUUUCUCUAUCUCGACAUCUUUCCUCAAAAAAGGUUCAGGGUAAUUUGUUGGGUGCUUAUUGUCCACAUAUCAGCGGGACUGGUCGCUCUCAGCUUCACAACGAUUUUCCAAUGUUCCCCAGUCAAAUAUUCAUGGGAUAAGACUGUGUCCGGAUCUUGUAUAAACAUCAAAGCCUUCUGGUACGGCCAAUCAGGAUGGAAUACGCUGAUGGAUGUUAUCGUCCUAGUUCUACCCAUUCCAGUCAUCCUAAAACUACAGAUGAAUCGCCGAGCCAAGCUCAGUGUAUUGGCAGUAUUUGUGCUUGGCGCCUUUGUAUGUAUAACGAGUAUCGAACGCCUGAUUAGCCUCAACUUCAAUUCCACCUUUAUUCUAGACUUUACUUGGGCGACUGGAACUUCAGUCAUCUGGACUCAGGUGGAGUCAACGGUCGGUGUCAUCUGUGCCUGCGCGCCGUCAUUGAGAAUGCCAUUAAGUCGAUCUAUUCCAGUCUUAUUUGGUUCCUCAAAACAAAAUGAAUCUUAUGAACUGAGUGAUGGCAUCCACUAUGGUAUGGGUCCCCGGUCUGGGAAUUGGAACAGCCAAGCUAGUCGAUCGAAAAGACGUGAUGAAUUUGAAGUUGGCAUUGAUGAUCUAGAAAACUACAAGAGCGAAGGCAGCGAAGAGAGAAUAAUUGGGAUUAAGAAAACCGUUAGCAUUGACAUGACAUUUCAAGAAGGGGCUAGUGAAGCACCUAUGGGAGCCAAUAAUCUCUACCCAGUUGUAUAA